UGCAUUCUAGUGCAGCCCUGGUUACGCCUCCUCUGGCUCAGUCACACAGCGACGUAGAGGUGACUGGAGGUGUAUACUUGUCCUCACCUGGAUCAUGCUGAUGUGGCCCCAUCCCCACCUCCCUAUCCAUCCCCACCUCCCUACCCAUCCCCACCUCCCUACCCAUCCCCACCUCCCUACCCAUCCUAUGAUGUCCAAAGAAACCCGACAGAGCAAAUUGGCCAAGGCCAAGGAACAGUUGACAGACCAUCAUCCCCAGACCAACCCUAGUGUUGGUACAGCAGCAAGCGACACCAAAAAGAAGAAAAUAAAUAAUGGCACUAACCCUGAGACAACCACUUCUGGUGGUUGCCACUCACCUGAGGAUAAACAACAGAACCGAGCUCAGCUGGAAGAAGAACAGAAGGCAAGCCACCAACAUCAGGAAGCCCUAAGGAGGGAGCUAGAGGCCCAGGUCCAUACCAUACGAAUCCUUACAUGUCAGAAAACUGAGCUUCAGACGGCACUCUAUUACAGCCAGCAUGCUGUCAAGCAGUUGGAAGGAGAGGCCAGGGAUCUGAUCAGCCGCCUGCAUGAUUCAUGGAAGUUUGCAGGAGAGUUAGAGCAGGCUCUCUCUGCUGUCGCUACACAGAAGAAGAAGGCGGAUAGGUACAUUGAGGAGUUAACAAAGGAGAGGGACGCCCUGAGUCUGGAACUGUACAGGAACACCAUAACUGAUGAGGAGCUGAAGGAGAAAAAUGCCAAACUACAAGAAAAACUUCAACUUGUAGAAUCUGAAAAGUCUGAGAUCCAGCUCAACGUAAAGGAGCUAAAAAGGAAACUGGAGAGGGCCAAGCUCCUGCUGCCACAGCAGCAGCUGCAGGCGGAGGCGGACCACCUGGGUAAGGAGCUACAGAGUGUGUCAGCAAAGCUCCAAGCCCAGGUGGAAGAGAACGAGUUGUGGAACCGCCUGAACCAGCAACAGGAGGAGAAGAUGUGGAGGCAGGAGGAGAAGAUACAGGAGCGGGAGGAGAAGAUACGGGAGCAGGAGGAGAAGAUACGGGAGCAGGAGGAGAAGAUACGGGAGCAGGAGGAGAAGAUGCGGAGGCAGGAGGAGAUGAUGUGGGAGAAGGAGGAGAAGAUACGGGAGCUGGAAGAGAAGAUGCACGAGCAGGAGAAGAUACGGGAGCAGGAAGAGAAGAGGCAGGAGGAGGAGAAGAUACGCGAGCAGGAGAAGAGGCAGGAGCAGGAGGCGAAGAUGUGGAGGCAGGAGGAGAAGAUAUGGGAGCAGGAGGAGAAGAUACGGGAGCAGGAGAAAAAGAUGUGGAGGCAGGAGGAGAAGAUUCACGAGCAGGAGAAGAUACGGGAGGAGGAGAAGAGGCAGGAGCAGGAGGAGAUGUGGAGGCAGGAGGAGAAGAUAAGGGAGCAGGAGGAGAUAUGGAGGCAAAAGGAGAAGAUGCACGAGCAGGAGGAGAAAAUACGGAAGCAGGAGGAGAAGGUGUGGAGGCAGGAGGAGAAGAUGCACGACCAGGAGGAGAAGAUACGGGAACAGGAGGAGAAGGUGUGGAGGCAGGAGGAGAAGAUACGGGAGCAGGAGGAGAAGAUACGAGAGCAGGAGGAGAUGACGCAGGAACAGGAAGAGAAGAUGGGGGGGCAGGAGGAGAAGAUGCAAGAACAGGAGGAGAAGAUGCGGAGGCAGGAGGAGAAGAUAAGGGAGCAGGAGGAGAAGAUACGGGAGCAGGAGGAGAAGAUACGGGAGCAGGAGGAGAAGAUACAAGAGCAGGAGGAGAUGAUGCAGGAACAGGAAGAGAAGAUGGGGGAGCAGGAGGAGAAGAUGUGGGAGCAGGAAGAGAAGAUGCAAGAACAGGAGAAGAUGCGGAGGCAGGAGGAGAAGAUAAGGGAGCAGGAGGAGAAGAUACGGGAGCAGGAGGAGAAGAUACGAGAGCAGGAGGAGAAGAUACGAGAGCAGGAGGAGAUGAUGCAGGAACAGGAAGAGAAGAUGGGGGAGCAGGAGGAGAAGAUGUGGGAGCAGGAAGAGAAGAUGCAAGAACAGGAGGAGAAGAUGCGGAGGCAGGAGGAGAAGAUGCGGGAGCAGGAAGUGAGGCUGUGGCAGCAGGAGAAGAAGAUGCAGGAACAGGAGGUGGAGCUGAAGAGCCAAGAGGCUGAGUCUGCAGCAGCAGCGAGACCAUUACCUGGGUCACCUGCAGCAGUACGUGGCCACCUAUCAGCAGCUGGCCUCUGAGAAGGAGGCACUGCCCAGCUGCAGCAGCAGGAAGCUCAGGGCGAAGCGGUGGCCAAGAUGGCCCACCGAUAGUUGCAGGAG